AAUUGCCAAGGAAAGCUCACAAAAACAACACACAGCCAUCACAAACCUGAAACAACAUGAACUCUUCAUCUUCUUGCAAUCACCACGAAAGCAUGACUUCUCUCUCCGCUUCGGUUCGAUCCGAGCACCAUCAUGCUACAGAUGCCAAUGACAAGGCCAGCAUGAAGCAAAAGCGAUUCCAUUCUCUUCGGAGGUCCAGUGCCAAUGGCAGCAUGGGCGGAAGCAGCCGAAGCCUCAGCAGCGAUCAGUCCGAACGAUCGUCUGCUUCCAACAACGGCAGUGUUGCCGCUGACGACAAGAAGGAAGGGGAACUCUUCAAGACCAAGUACCUUUGCCGUUCUACUACUCUCUAACUCUAACUAAGCAACAAACGUGGCGGCAAGCCUAAGGAAGAACCAGCGCAAGCAAAAGACCUUCCCCGGUUUGUUUGGCUUGAUGAGACUGGGUUCAAAGCAGACUUCAAGCCUUUGGUUGGGUUCGUUCAGGGCUUCACAGAUAUCCUGGACUUGCUGGCUUGAAUACAUAAUCUAUAAUCCAUAAUCAAUGCAUACCGGUACACAAAUACUAGUAUAUAACAAACGUUUCGAGAAAGGCGACUACGGUAUAUUGAUAGUUGCUUGUAGCUGCGGGUGUUACCAACACAUGCAGCCGUUGCUUGUUCAUCCUCUAUCUGCGGCCAGCCUUGAAAAUAUGCAUGAAGGUCGGCUACGAUGUAGCUAGCUAUUCAUGGUUGGAUUCGCUCGCUCACAGUCGUACAGUUUCGUGAAGAAUGAGAUCUAGCCAGCUAGGCAUUUUCCAGGGAAGUGAUGUUGAGGUCGAGAGGAUUUCAGAUACUGCUACGGUACAUCCCCGCAAGAACCUUGGUACAACCAACAACUGUGGUUCAGGAAUAAGCAGUCAGGCUGACUGAUCCGUACGGUAGCAUCGGAUGCACUCGUUGAGCCUCGCUUGCUCUGAAAGAAUCCAAUCCGCUGGUUUCAAUAACUAAGGAUCAAAGGACAGGGAGGCAGAGGAGAGGAGAUCGGGCGAUCGGAGACCAGGGUGAAAGACAUAGAAUUUCCUCCUUUCGCCUCAGAAACACCCGGACGGUAAGCACCUCAGCUGGGUGAUACCAUUGAUUCGUGGCUGGCGGGGAGCUUUCUCAAGGUACUAGCUAGACUAGCUAGCUAGCUAGUAGGGCCCUUGUUUGUGAAUCAUAUUUGUAUGUUUGUGUGUUGUCCCUUUAUGUGUCACAGUUUUUAGCCUUAACCCUAAUAAAGGUAGACUACCAAAAGAGAAACAGAUGGCUGGCUGGAGCUAGUAGGUCUACAGCUGCAGCCAGCUAGCUAGCUAGCCGCAGCCA